UGACAUCACAAUGUUGUUUUUACUCUCUGUUGAUGGUAGAGAGACUGCUGAUCUGGCAUAGCUUGAGGCGCCAAGAAUAGAAGAGUGCCUACGCCAUUUGCAAGUCAGCAUCCGCAUCCUCAACGGGCUCAUUUACAUCACUCCUGAUGUCUGGAGCACCAUUGACCUACGAGAAAAUGAACGGACGCUCCAUACGCAUUAACCGUGUGCCGGCAACUAUUACGGCCGUGCUACUGACCAUUGUGCUCGUGUAUUUGCUUAACUUCCACCAGGAAGAGCGGCCUGCUCUGUACGGCAUGCUCCGUAGCGACAACAAAGUGAACCUACGGAAGAUGCUAAUAGCUGCCGUUCAGGCGGCCCAGCGCGGUGGCUUCGAGGUGCGUGAUGUGGCACAUACACGCGAAUUGAAGGAGCGCAGCAAAGGUAAAACAGAUGAGGGCGCCAACGAUCCCUUCACCGAUGCAGACGCACGCUCACAUUGCGUAAUGAAGCAGGGUCUGAAACGCUUCUUUCCACGCGUCCAAAUAUUCUCUGAGGAGGAUAAAGAGCACUGCAAGGAUGCGCACAUCUUCGAUCUGGAUCCCACGGUUCUGCACGAAACGGCUGAAGUGCCGGAUGUAUCUGUGAGUGCGCGGGACGUGACCGUUUGGGUGGAUCCGCUUGAUGCGACCCAAGAAUUUACAGAGGAACUGUACGAGUACGUGACCACUAUGGUGUGUGUCGCUGUGGCCGGUCGGCCAGUGAUUGGCGUCAUACACAGUCCUUUCAGCGGGCAAACCGCAUGGGCGUGGCAAGGUAACUCCAUGUCGGAAUACCUGAAAGGGCUACGUGUCCAGCCACAUUCGGACACUGAUCAUCCAGUCAUCACCGUGUCGCGCUCACACACGGCCAGCGCCAAGGAAGUGGCGCGCAGUGCCUUCGGCGACAACGUUAGCUUGCUAACAGCAGCCGGUGCAGGCUACAAGGUGCUCCAGGUUGUCGCCAAUAAUGCCACGGCCUACCUGCACACUUCCAAAAUUAAAAAGUGGGACAUUUGCGCAGGCGAUGCCAUUCUUCAGGCCCUCGGUGGCACAAUGACCACUCUUAGUGGCGAGGCCAUCAACUAUGGUCCGAAUGAUUCGCCCGUAAAUACGGAGGGUCUGCUAGCAACCCUAGAGAAGCACGAUGAGUACAUUGACAAGUUAUCCAAACACCGCUCAGAGAAGACAGCAAAGAGCAGGAGGCGGUAGUAAUUUUGUUGAAUCUCCCAGUGGAAGCCUAGGCUUACAUACAUAUAUUCUAAAAAUUAGCAUUUACAUUUUUUGAAAAUGGAACCUGUUUUUGUGUGUUUCUGAGUGCAUGUUUGUGAAUCUGUAUGUAUGUGUGCGUGUGCAUGUAUUAAUUCCGUCUCUAUCGUGGGUCAUGAACCCAGAGAACGAUUUGGGCGCGUGGUGCAGUCAAUAAAAUACAUAAUAAAUGUUCCACGUAUGCAAGAAUA